AAUGAGGGCAGAAGAAUGUCUUUCGAGGCAUUGCCAUCAUUAUCACGAUUCUCUAUGCGCACCAAGACAUUUAUUGUCUGGGGUUGGGUGGCGGGAUGAACCGAAGUGUCAAUCCAGGACGGGGUUAUCCGAUGUCUGGGGGAGAAAGACAAAAGGGAGAGAGAGACAGAGAGACAGAGAGGGCAUACUGCCGGGGGUGACCGCCUUCACUUCUUUUUUACAAUGGUUCAGUUUGUCCACCGCCUCUUGCGCUCUUUGCGCCUAUUGAUACUCUCUGUCUCUCUCUCUUUCUCCCUCCACAGCCCACUUCGGACUACGCUCUUCCUUAAAACUACCCCGGACACGAACCGCCCGCCGCCUCACAAACUAAACUCACAACGCCUCAAAUUCCCAAUCUUCCCCUCCUUCCUUCUUCCUCUUCCUCCUCUUCUUCCUCUUCACUUCCAAGUUCAAGGCUCUCUCCUAUUCUUCCUCAACUCGAAGUCUCUUCCUCGGUGGUCACAUAUCCCAGGCUAUUUCUGUGACAGCACAAAUACCUCGGACUAUUCUGGUUUCCGCCAACGACUCCUGCCCGCUUUCCAAAUCUUGCUUUCGCCGAGCACCCUGGCCAUCGCGACAACCCCUCGCAUCACCUUCGUGCCAUUCUGACCCCCUUUAAACCAAUCGCAUUCUCCAUCUAUCCAGGAGGCAUCCCCAGGCUUGGCUUUCCAUUGCUAGACUGAAUUUAUCUUGUUCUUGGCCAUUAGAUCAUCUCCGGCGAAUACUUCUCUCUGCCGCACUCCUUUGAUGAAUCGACGU